CCUGCCACAACCAGCAUGUGAAGAUUUUCUUUGUAAAAUGCAUUCCAAUGGACAUGUAAGAUCGACAAAUAGCAAAAGAUCAAUUAAAAGUUAAGAGAAAUAACGAAAGAAAAAGAUGCAAUGACGGAGAUUGACGCGAUCAACUGAGCCAUCCAAAAUGCUGUGUCAGGUUAUUGCAGUCAUCAUUGCGAGCCUUCUGGUUCAACCCGUCUCGUCUCAGGGCAAGUACACAAUCUGCAACCCAAAUUUUGAAUUCUGUGAAUAUUGGUUGGUACUAGAAGAAAGACUGACAAUGGUGCACAACUCUGACCUGGUUUAUGGUCAUGGGGGUUUUCUCUAUAAAUAUCACGAUCAUUGGACAAACGCAACCAGCACUGUGCCUCCUGAUGAGGUCAUCAUCACUGAUGGAAAUCAACGAAUGGUAUUGGCCUUCAACAACUCCGUUCCGGGUCCGCCUAUUAUCAUUUACGAGGGGCAAACUGUUGUAGUUCAUGUCAAAAACAAGUUUUUAAGCGAUAGUGCUGCUAUACACUGGCAUGGUAUUCACCAAAAGGGCACACCUUGGAUGGAUGGAGUGGCCUACAUAACACAGUGUCCCAUUGGACCUGGACAGACAUUCACAUACAAGUUCAAGGCUGAGCCUAAAGGAACAUAUUGGUACCACUCUCAUGUUGGUGCUCAACGAACAAAUGGAGCUUAUGGUGCAUUUAUUGUGAAAGAAAGACCAAAGGACGGAAUUAUCGAGCCUCGUGACAUGGUCAUGACAGUUGGAGAUUGGCAUCACCAUGAUUCAUCAGAGGUCUAUGUUAGAAUGGUGUACGGAAAUUUCAUUGAUAAUAAAAAAUACAAAACGACCACUACACUCGACGGUGGAAAAUUCAGUGGGGUGCCGUGGGUGUCUGGAAUGAUUGAAGGGAGGGGCAGAUACUAUGACCCUGAAACAGGUAUUCCUAAUGAAGUUCCGCUAACUUGGUACAAUGUUAGCAAAGGAGAGACAGUACGUUUUCGAGUGAUAGGCGUUGGAGCAAUAUAUCCAAUGAGAAUAUCGGUGGAUGACCACAAUCUGACAGUCAUAUCUUCAGAUGCAUUUGACAUUGAGCCCAUAGUCGUAGAAUCUUUCAUUAUCAACCCAGGAGAGCGAUUUGAUUUUCUGUUAACAGCCGAUCGACCCAUUGGCAACUAUUGGAUUCGUGCAGAGAGCAUGGAGAACAAUGUUGUCAACCACACGGUCGAGGCUAUACUGCAUUAUAGAGAGGCUGAGAAAAAUGAGCCGACAUCAAAGCGAGCCAAAUGCACCCAAGAAAACAUUUGCGUUGUGCUCAAUUGCCCUUUUCUCUAUUUUCCGACCGGAUAUUUUACAAAGUGCCUUACAUUCCACGACACCAAGGCAAAAGACCCUGAACCGACUCCGGUCUUCGAGGAGGGCGAUUCGCAAGAGGUCUUUUUGAAUUUUCAUUUUCCGGGAGUCAAUGUAACACCAGGUGCGGUAAAUGGCCGCAGUUUCCAAAUGCCGGGAAUUUCCUCACUGACCCAGUCCGAUCAAAUUGCUGAAAACUUCGAUUGCAAGAAUAAAAACUGCGGCGUUGACAAAGUAUGUUUCUGCCACUUUGGACUUGAUUUACCAUACGACAAGACCAUUCAAAUGGUUUGGAUCAAUAUGGGUCGAGGAAAGGGCUGGUCGCACCCCGUCCAUAUUCACGGGCAUAGUUUCUACCUGCUGAAAAUGGGAUACCCAGCGUAUGAUCAAUCAACCGGUCAAUUAACUGCGGACAAUCUGGACAUUGAUUGUGGUGGUGAUCCCAAAAUUAACUUCUGCAAUGAAGCAAGGUGGGCUAGACCUGAAUGGAGAGGUGGAAAUAUUCCUGGACUUAAUCUGAAAAAUCCACCAAGAAAGGAUUCAAUCAUUGUGCCCACUGGUGGGUACGUUGUUUUAAGGAUACGGUCUGAUAACCCUGGAAAAUGGUUCUUGCAUUGCCAUAUUGAAGUGCAUGCAUUAGAUGGUAUGGCAAUGGUUGUAAACGAGGCAGUAGACCGCAGUCCCAGUCCGCCUAAGGGAUUUCCCGUUUGCCAGCACUUUUAUAAUGAUCCGAGCAGAGACUUGCAGUUCAUUACAGAAGACGAAGCAGAUUCAUCAAAUGAAACAUUCUGGCGUCGACACGUCAUCACAAUUGUCAUAGCAUCUACCCUCGGAGUGGUGAUCUGCGUCCAGUUUAUAUUCAUAUACUUCAGUCUGAGUCGCCAAAAAGAGAGCGAGCUUGAAAAGCCGAAAAUGUGCGCAAAACACACAGCUGAGGUUCAUUCUACAAAAGGAACCCUUGCGAAGGAAAUUGAGGAGGAGAUUGGGACUGCGCAGCGGCGGAUGAAAAAGAACUGAAGCUAAAUUGUUCAAACGAAAGAAGUCAGUAAAAAGAAUUUGGUGGCCAUCUGGAUCUUCUAUAUGUUUUCAAUGAAGACAGCCAAAGAGUAACUGCGUUGAAAUUUGCAUCGACAGUGGUUCUAAAACUUAAGUUAAGACAUUUCAUCUGAGAGAACUUUUAUCUGACUUAAAUAAAGAAAUCAUUAUAAGAUGCGUUCCCUACUGGAAUGAAGAUUUUGCCAAGAAGUCGUUUUAAGUUUUUUCAAAAUUAGAUCGAUUAUGAUAACUGGAUGGAUCAGGUCUCGCACAGAGAAUUGACACUUUGGAAAUUUGAACGUUAUAGUGCCUUGAAGGGUCAAAAUCUUUAAAUAACAAAGAACUUCCAACCUCUUCGAAAAGGCAAAUGACUAUUUUGACGAGAGAAUUUCUAAUUGAUCCUUGCUUCAACAGACAAAUUAAAAACCCGAAUUAGAAACCUUGAAAGCUCGGGUAUACCAGUUUCUAGACCAAUGCGUAGAUGAUAAUUCGAUAGCAAACGAUUUUUCAAAUAGAGAACAGCCUUCGUCCAGUUGCAUUAAGUAAAAUAUGUGGAUACAUCGGAAUAAAAUCUUGCAUCUGUCACAGCUUAUUCAUUUAGUGUGAAAGCAAAAGCCAACUUCAGCUCAGCAACUAUGCAUCAAUUCUACAUAAUUUGGAGAGAGGAUAAAGGUUCUCAAGCGAUAAAUUUUGAUAGGAUCAAGAUUUACAACAAGGUCCAAAAGACAGAGAUAAACGCUGAUUAAGUUCCCUUGCAAAAUCGAAAAUUUACAUAGACAAAACAAAAUAAAAAAGCAACAGAAAACGAGAGAUAAGGUUGCUAGAAAAAGAUCUUUGAUUUCUUAUAAUUGAAAACAGGAUUUUUUAAUUCUGGCAACACCUGAUAACCUUUAAAUGUUAUUAAGGAUAUCAACGUCAAAAGAGAUUGAUGAAAUUGUUUUGUUAUGGGUUGCGUCACACUUAUAUGGAUGGGUGUGUUAUGUAGAAUUUAGAAGAUAGUCAGACACGUGCUCGUUAGCAAUACAUCGAGAUAAGCUUAACAUCCACUAAGCUAUCAUAUUUGCAAUACGUUUUCGAACUUCUUGAAUAAAAUGUCUGCUUUUGUCUAGACAUCCCAAGAUAAGGAAAGGAACGGGCUUUAUAAAUCUAAGUUAUCUUCUACAAACAAAUGUUCAACGGGUUGAUAAUUAUGGUGGCACGUCGUACUUUUCGGUACUUUGCUAAGUCUCGCUAAGAUAGAACAAUAGCACUUAUCGUCUAUUAUUUUGGUAUGUUUUUACAACCGACGAUGUCGUUGCUUUUCAGGCUACGUUCACACUACUCCGUAUUCGUUUCGCUCCGUUUUCGUUGAUGAAAACGAUGUCCGUUCAUACAAUCCGUUUUCAUAUGAAUACGCUGUGAAUACGAUAUGUGUUCACACUACUCCAACAAAAACGCUGUUGGUGGCCUCAUUUUUGGAAAGAGGCGUUCACGAAUCCUCAACAAAUUGGCGUCAUUAUAAAUGAAAUUAAAUAAAAGUGAAUCGUGAAAAACUUUGUUGUAACAGCUACCAGUCCAUUGCAGAUUCUCAAUUUCAAAAUUUUUGAGAUUUGGUGUGCUACAAAGCACGUAAUUUGUUGCCGAUGUUAGCGUAUUCAAAUGUCUCCGUUUUUGGUGUUCACACUGAAAACGGAGCGUAUUCAAUACGCACAGUAUUCGAAAGUAUCCGUUUUCAUUAGCGUUUUCAAACGACUCCGUUUUAAUAGCAGAGUAGUGUGAACGCCAGGCAAAAACGGAUUAGUUUGACUCCGUUUUCAUUUGAAAACGGAGUAGUGUGAACGGGCCCUUAGACUCAACUCAUGUUCUGUUUGUCUGGCUUCAAGAUAGAUAUUGAUGUAUUUACAAAAG